AUGACAAGGCGGCGCAAGGCACGAUCUCUUCCGGUCGUUGUAUUCGAACAGAUCCCAUUCGAUCUCGUGAUCGAGAUUCUCUUGAGAUCGCCUGUGAAGUCUAUAGGGAGAUUUCGAAGCGUUUCGAAGCUAUGGGAAUCCACAAUCCGCAGUCCUGAUUUCAAAGAGUCGUUCAGGGCAAUAUCUUCGUCUCGCAAUAACCUAUUGUUCACAUGCCUAAAAGACGGCGAGACGUACUUCUUCUCAUCGCCACGUCCUCAAGUUCAUCCUCAAAAGCUGCCGUCUCCUAUAGCCGCCAAUGUUCAUAUGAGCUUCCCAAUCAACUGUCCCACGGGUGUUUGUCGUCCUGUUCGUGGCUUGGUGUGUGGUUUAAGGCAACAGACUUCAAAAGAAGGAACAGUUACUGUGCCGUUGAUAUGUAACCCUAGCACUGGAGAGUCCUUGGCCUUACCAAAAGUGAGAACAACGAAGAAGGGAGUGAUGAGCUGUUUUGGGUAUGACCCGAUCGACAAACAAUUCAAAGUAUUGUGCAUGACCUUAUCAUCAGAAGGUGGACUCCCUAAUUCUGCAGAGCAUCAACUUCUGACAUUAGAAGAAGCCAAAGAGAAGCAUUCAUGGAAAAUGAUUGAAUGUUACGUGCGACAUUAUCCUUAUUUUGCGGAGCAUACCAAUGGCUUUUAUCUACAUGAUGGGAUAUGCAUCAAUGGUGUUUUGUAUUACGUAGCCAUCGUAUUUCAUGACGAGUUUGACGGGUAUCCCGAUAUAGCUUGCUUUGAUAUAAGAUCUGAGAAAUUUAGUUAUAUCAAGAAAGCUGACGAAGGUAUGAACGUAAACGUGGGAGAAAAGCUUGAAUCAACUCUGGUAAACUACAAGGGUAAAUUAGCCAAGCUCCAGCCCAACAUUGGUAAUAACAACGAAGGGUACAACGGUAUUCAACUAUGGGUUCUAGAAGACGCCGAGAAACAUGAGUGGUCGAGACAUAUCUAUGUUUUUCCUCUUCAUAGGAAGAGUAUAUUUGAAAAGACCAGGUUGUGUUUUGUUGGAACGACUAGUACAGGUGAAAUUGUCUUGUCGCCAAACACUAUAUCCGACUCUUUCUACCUUAUCUACUACAAUCCUGAGAGGAACACUCUCAAAAGAGUUGAAGUCCGAGGAAUGGAAGCUUAUAAAUCUUGUAAAGCUUACACUUUUCUAGACCAUGUAGAAGAUGUAACACUUUUGUCAAGAGUUUAG